AUGGCGGACAGCUAUGACCGCCCAUAUUCAUCUGCUGGCACUCCGGGACACAAGCAGUAUACUCCCACUCUCGAAAGAGUAGUUACCCAGAAGCGGUUUGAUCCACAAGAACGACUGGAGGUGAACACGAGAAAGGUGGAGAAGAGAAAAGAAGUUGCCGCCCAAGUUGAAACAAUACGUGAAGAAAUCAGGAGUAGAUCCAUGCCAUUUAGUACAAUGACGCCAACAUUCAUAGAUCCAAGAGAGACGUCAGUGAGAAGGUGCCGGUGUUUUCGACAGCAGCAGCAAAGACUAGAUGAUCUCACACUCGCACCUAGCAGAUCUGCGAAAAGUCCAAUGCUACCUAUCGAAGAAAAUCUAAACAGAAUUGUUAUGCCAAAUCGUCUAAAUCCACAGCUCAAGCUAGAAAUGAAACAGAAAGACGAGUCAGAGAAGCCUAAACCCUCUCUGGCACCUAAAAAACCCCCCCGGCAACGGCGACCUGGCCAAGGGUCCGUUGUGGACACAACACUAGCACACCAGGCUAUUCCUGGGGACACCCAGUCACGAAGGAGCAGUUCCGUUUCGUUAUCAGCUGGGCAUGGGGCGCCAUCAGAAAAGAGAUAUUCCUCACUGCAUUUGAAGACAUCACCAAGAGGAAGUGAUCCACUUCAUGAGUUGUCCCCCAUCGCAGAGACGCCGCAAACUCCCUGGGACCCGUUUUGUGUCUCCAGCCGCGUGUUCGGUUUAGACUCGAACACUUACCGAGAUUUCCUGGGUGACAAAGGUGCCGCUUUGGUGAUGUUCUACAAUCCGACGAAGUCGUCCUGUAUCAAGGGCAAAAAAAUCUUUGUCAAGGCGGCAGAGUCUACCGUCAGAGAAAACGCCGCCUUUGCUGCCGUCAACUGUUCUGUCGAAGAAUCGUUGUGCUUCAAUGAGGGUAUCACCAACCUGCCUACCUACAAACUCUACUCCCAGGGCCAACUGAUCAACAUCGUCAAAGAUACCUUCUUCUUCAAUGACCGUGACAUGAAAAAGUUCGUAGAAAAAGCUCCAGCGCUGGCACAAGAAGGUCUAGUCAAGCCAUCUUGUAAGUACGGUAAGACACUGCUAAAGAAAGCUAUUGAGAAGAUCAAGCGUCAUAAAUAA